AUGGCUCCCAUUAGAACUCAAUGGACUCGUCUCAUCCGUUUUGUCGCUGCUGAGACCAACCAGAUUCACCUCGGCGAGCCGGUUGACUCCGGGCUCGAUGUUGGUCUCGCAUUCUCCCAGCGUAAGCCUGUGAAGGCGUACGAAAUUCUGGGUUCCGCCAUCGACCCUGCAGCACAGGUCACCAAGAACGUCUUGACCGUCAAGGAGCUCCUCGCACCCCUUGCAAGGCAUGAGGUUGGCGGCGUCGUGCGUUGCUUGGGCUUGAAUUAUGCCGAUCAUGCGGCGGAGGCAGGCCUCAAAUUACCUGAAGUUCCAGUCAUUUUCUACAAGCCCCCCACUUCCCUUAUUGGCCCCGGUGCUCUUGUCACCAUUCCCACAGUCGCCCAGCCUCCCCACGAGCACCUUCCCGACUAUGAGGUCGAACUCGUCAUUGUGAUUGGAAAGGCUGCGAAGGACGUUUCAGAGGCCGAAGCACUCGACUAUGUCCUUGGCUAUACCGGUGCUAACGACGUAUCCUUCAGGAAACUGCAGAUGUCCGCUGGUGGUGGACAAUGGAGCUUCUCCAAGAGUUUCGAUAACACCAAUCCGCUUGGUCCAUGCAUCGUCGCUGCUAGUGCUAUCCCUGACCCACAACGCAUUCCGCUGAAGUGCAUUGUAAACGGUCAGACCUUGCAAGAUGGUUCUACAGCGAGCCAAAUCUUCAACGUCCGUCAGACAGUCGCAUACCUCUCCAAGGGCACGACGCUUCCGCCGGGCUCGCUCAUCCUGACCGGUACUCCGAAGGGUGUCGGAUUUGUGAAGAAGCCCGCGCUCUUUCUCAAGGGCGGUGACUAUAUGAGUGUCUGGUUGGGCAAUGGCAUUGGGACACUCGCAAACCUCGUUGUGGAGGAGGAGGCGCCCCUGAAGGCGAAGCUCUGA